AUGGAGUCCAAGACCCAUGGAGGCAGCAAUUGGCUGGGAUAUCUAUCACACCAACUUAGAGAACAGGAGCAUGCUGGGCCAGUCUUCACGGCAGUGGUGGUGGCGGUGCUUACCUACGUGCUCUACACUAUUAUGUAUGCUACCGACAUUCCUCACAUCAAGGGCAUGCCAGAAAUCCCUGGCGCUGUUCCCGUGUUUGGACAUCUUCUCAAACUUGGCGAGGAUCAUGCUUCAGUUUUUGAAAAAAGGUGGCGCCAAUACAACCACUCUGUCUUUCAGAUCAAGCUGGGCAACACCAGAGCCGUCGUUGUCAACUCGUUCGAUGACUGCAAGAAGAUGCUCCUCGGCAACCAAAAUGCAGUCAUUGACCGCCCCAAGCUCUACACCUUUCACGGCGUAAUCAGCAGCACCCAGGGAUUUACCAUUGGAUCUUCGCCCUGGUAUGAGUCCUGCAAGAAGAAAUGCAAGGCCGCCGGUAUCGCUCUGGGUCGCCCUGCCGUGAGGGACUACUACGCCAUGUUUGACCUAGAGAGCUACUGCAUCCUGCGAGAUAUGAAAAAGGACAGUCGCGAUGGUCAGAUAGAGAUUGACAUUCGGCCGUAUAUCCAGCGAUACGCGCUCAACACAACUCUGACGCUCUGCUAUGGUAUUCGCAUGGACGCUGUCUACGACGAUCUGCUCCGCGAGAUUCUUCACGUGGGAUCGUCUAUUUCCCUAUUACGCAGCGCCUCCGAGAACCUGCAGGACUACAUCCCUGCCCUUCGGUAUGUUCCCAGCAACGAGAAGACCGCCUGUUCAAAAGACCUCCGGGAACGACGCGACACCUAUCUGGACCUCCUCUUGAACAAAGUCCGUGAGAUGAUCAAGAAUGGUACAGACAAGCCUUGUAUCUCUGCUGCUAUUCUCAAAGACCAGGAGACCAAACUAUCUGGUGUCGAGGUCUCUUCAAUCUGCCUGUCCCUAGUCUCUGGAGGGUUCGAGAUUAUUCUCGGGACGUUGACCUCGUGCAUUGGAUCUCCGUCUACCGAGGAAGGACAGGCAUGGCAGGAUCGGGCCUACGAAGAUAUCAAGCGACACUACCCUGUCACUCAAGAUGCCUGGACUGGAUGCUUUAAAGAGGAGACAAUCCCCUACAUCAACGCGAUUGUCAAGGAGGCUGGCCGAUACUACACCCAAUCAUCCCCCCCUAAGACUAUGAUCUUAAUCAACGCGCAAGCGGGUAACCAUGAUGUCGAUCAUUUUGGUCCCGACGCUGGAAGUUUUAACCCUGAGCGGUGGCUCAAGUCUCUCAGCCCUCCCACUGAGGUGGAAAGCAGCGGCCUGGGUCAUUUGAGCUUCGGGACUGGUUCUCGUGCUUGCUCAGGGCAGUACAUCGCUUCUCGCCUCUUGUACUCCGCAUUAGUAAGGAUUAUAUCGUCCUACAAGAUCGUAGCGAGCAACGAUAACCCUCCCAACACCGACUAUGUUGAGUAUAAUCAGUUCAAGACGGCCCUGGUUGCCAUUCCCAGGGAAUUUAAGAUCAAACUCAUUCCUCGUGAUACGGCCAUGACGGCCCAGUGCUUGGAUCUCGCCGAGGAGAGGACCAGAGAGCAUUACAAAGAGUAA